UUAGCAUCUUUCAUCGGUGGCCCGGCAGCGUUCAGUUUUAAAGUCAACGCCUCCCAUAGCUUAUUUGCUGCAACUUUGCCUUGCCCACAAUUAGGCAAAAUAUUUUUUGCCAAGUCCUGAUGCUGUAGCAUAAAGUCACUCAUCAAAUUUUUUUGACGCAUAUUUAUUUUGUUUACAUUGGUCCUUAAAUUAUUAGUUAUAAUUAUAUCACAUGUUAAAUAAACUAAAUAAAUGAAAAAUUACUUACAUUUUGCCCCUCGGACUAUUUUUAGCGGAUAUAUUCAAAUUUUUUGUUCAAUUUGUGCUAUAACGUUUCUCAAAUACCUAACGAAUGAAAUUUCGAUUCUUUCGUACAAACAAGAACUCGUUAUCGAAUGAGAAAAUUUCAAAUUUCGAAAGUGCCUAUUCGAUAGCGACUACAACGAUCCGAAAACAAAAAAUAUUCUUAAAUUUCGCUCGUUAACGUGUGCCGCGAUUCGGGCCCUGGUUUUCAUUAGGUCAAAAUAAUUGACAUCAAAAACUGCCUCAACGAGCAGCUGUUAAUUUGGUGUCAAAUGCGUUUUCAUUGUGUCAUAAAAAUUCAUCAAAUGUCGAUAUAGCAGUGCAUUUUAAAAACUGCCGACAAUAUUUGGCGUCAGAUGAUUGACAACCCGUUUUCACUAUAGAUGUCACUUUUGAACAGGCAGUUUGGACAGCUGAUUGCAAACUCAAUUAUUUUUAAAAAAGUGCGUGAAAAAAGUGAAAGGAAAAGAAAAAAAUGAAUAAAAAUAAAAGGAUUGCAAUAGCAACAGCCGCGCUAUUUGUAGUAACAACAUUAAGGGCUUGGAAAAGGAAGCGGACUCAACAAAGGAAUCUAAAACGGUGGUGGAUUCGACCAGGACUAAGGAAUCGUUCCACCUGUGGUUUUUAUAAUACACUACGAGCCAAUUUGGUUUCUCAGGAUUCAAAGUGGUUGAAGGACUUCCUGAGGAUGACUAUGGAAGAUUUUGACUUUUUAGUGGCGCGCCUUACUCCACAUAUUUAUAAACUAAAUACAAGAUUCCGUGAAGCGAUAUCGGUCGGUGAAAGACUGGCGGUAACACUACGCUAUUUAGCCACAGGAGAUAGCUUCUCAAGUUUAAUGAGUGUUUUCCUAUUGGGAAAAACUACUAUCUGCCAUGUAGUGCAUAACACGUGUAGUGCAAUUUUUAAAGCUUUAAAGGACGAGUUUUUAAAAGUUCCAAACACUCAUGAGGAAUGGACAGAAAUAGCGGAACGUUUUUACCAGCGAUGGAAUUUCCCUAAUUGUUGCGGUGCGUUGGAUGGGAAACAUAUAGCGAUUCAGGCGCCUGCGAACUGCGGUUCUGAGUAUUUCAACUACAAGAAAUACAAUAGCAUCGUUUUGAUGGCAUUGGUUGAUGCCGACUAUAAAUUUUUAUUUGUUGAAGUUGGAGCUUAUGGUCGGGAAUCUGAUGGAGGCGUUUUCGCAAGAUGUGCUCUUUCGACGGCACUUGCAGAAAACAGUUUAAAUUUUCCGCCAGCGAAGUCACUUCCACAUGAAAGUGAUGAAAUGCCAUUUGUCAUUGUAGCUGACGACGCUUUUCCAUUAAAAACAUACUUAAUGAAACCAUUCAGCUUCCGAAAUCAAGUGAUGUCGUACAAAAUAUUUAAUUAUAGGCUAUCCAGAGCAAGAAAUGUGGUGGAAAAUGUGUUUGGCAUUUGUGCAUCGCGUUUUCGAAUCCUCAGAAGGCCGAUGGACGUUACUCCCGAACAUACGACAGUUAUUGUUCUCGCGAUUUGUGUAUGACAUAAUUACCUAUUAAUACGCAAGUCUAUAUAUAUACGAAUGUCUGACGUAGACAAAGACACAAAUGGCAUUACCGAUCCAGGUAAUUGGCGAAUGGAGUUGGGGGAAAAUGGAAUGCUUCCAUCAGUUCGGCCAAGCAGUGUUUUAGGUAGACCAGCAGACAGCGCGAUAAAUGUCCGUGAA